AUGUACUUAUUCUUCAAACGUGUUAAGUUUGUAAAAUCUUUUUUUCCGCCGCUCUCAGCAUUAUCAUGGAGAAGAACCCUAUACCCUAAUACCUGGUCGGAGCUUCCUCUAGAUCUCUUGAACUUAGUUUUGGAACGCCUCGGAUUUGCUGAUUUUAAACGAGCUAAAUCCGUGUGUUCGUCUUGGUACUCUACUUCGACCGUGACAAAAAAUCAGGUCCCUUUGCUGAUUCUCUUCCCCAAAGACAAAAACAACAACAACUCAUGCACGCUGUUCAAUCCCGAGGAAAAAGACAGACUAUACAAAACGCAAAAUCUUGGUGUUGAAUUUGCAAAGAGUGUUUGUAUUGCAACCUACGGAAGUUGGCUCCUUAUGCAAGAUCCUCUGUAUAAUUUAUACAUUUUGAAUCUAUUCACUGGCGAGAGGAUCAAUCUUCCUCCAGUGGAGUCACAGCUUGGCAUGGUAAAGGUUGAGCGAACCAUGGAUGAUUGGUUUCACGUUUCACAAGAUAUGAUCACAAGCACUUCCAAAGGUAUGAACAUAGGCUCCCCUGUGUUUUGGAUCAACGAGGAAACCAAGGAUUAUAUAGUUCUAUGGGUACUUGAAAUAUUGUGUGUGGUUUAUGCCAAGAAAGGAGAUACCUCGUGGAAUCAAAUUCCCAAUAUCUCAGAUUAUGAUUGUGACAUGCUUUACAAGGAUCACAAGCUUUUCAUCCUAAGCGACACUGGUACUUUCGAAAUCUUAGAUUUUUCUGGAGUGAUGAUGGGCAACGACAAAACUUUCAAGCAGGUAAGCUUAUGUAUGGAUGAACCAUGGUGCGGUACUGAGACAACAAAACUUGUAGCUACAGUAACAAGAAAAGUCCUCAAGGUUGAAAAACUGUGGAUACCUAGCUCUAGAACCUGGGCCUUCCGGGUUUUCAAGAUUUUUUCAUCAGGGAAGAUCAAGAAAUGUAAAAAAGUUGAUUCUUUGGGUGACGAGGCAAUGCUUUUGGAUCUAGGCAUCACUGUGCCCGCCAAUGACAUUGAGGGAUUCUAUAAAAACUCCAUCUAUUUUAGUGGUAGUCAUGAAGAGAACCCAACUGAUAUAUUUCACUUCAAUCUCGAGACACAGAAGAUGGAGCUACUGCACAAAUUUGAUUGUUCACCAGCUCAACUCUCUAGUGCUCGAUGGUUCUUACCAAGUUUGACUCACACAUGA